AAUAAUUCUUCGGUUAUGUAGGGGAGUGUUUGUUUCUGUGAUGCACGCUAUAAAUGUAAUGUGACACAUUCCUGCACGGAUAAAUUCUAACAGAACCUAUGAAUUACGCACCGGCGAUGAUAGACACGCUCGAGUCCUGGAGAUAUUUUUAUCCCUUAUUGAUGGUACUUAGCCAAGUCUACUAGACUUCAUUUGGAGUCCAUCAUUGGUGGGUUGAGAAUCUAGAAACCAAAGGGCUGUACGUCAAGACGUUAAAAGCUCCCGCAUAAAGUAUGCGAGACAUUUUUACAUUAUUUUCUACACGAGUGUGUUAAAGAGUGUAGUAAAUUAGCCCGCCCGACCAACUCGAACCAUCAGCUGGGAGGCAAGUUGCUCUUCGGUUAUUAGAUUGCAAUUUAUCGCUGCUACAGAUCUACGGAAGCAUUGGCUGAAAAGUGUUCCCAAUUGAUUGGUUCCUAGUUUCCGCAUUUGGGGUUUUGGAUUUAUUGAGAAGGUAAACACGGGUGAAUAGAUCCAUUACACAGAUACAAGCAGUGAGUACAAACGAAAUUUAUCGAACUCCCCAUUGAGACUUUAUCUGAACGUUAUAAAAGCGGUUUGAGAGCGGUCUCGCGGCGGCGAGUGCAUUAGAACCUGGACGCGGUCAAGAGAAGAACAAGCAAGGAAGAGAGACCUGGAAUUCUGCCGCAUUUGACCGCAUUUGAUUUCAUAAAAGAAACUGCAGCGUAAAUCAAGCAAUGGAAAACUUCACCAAUACGACCGGAGCGGCUGCAAACUGGGGAGCCGCGGAACCGGAGGCAUCGCAUGUUUUUCGACUCGUGCUUUACGCGGUUAUAUUCUCUUUAACAGUACUGGGGAAUAUCUUCGUUAUUGUGCUAGUUAUCAAGACGAGAGAGUUACACUCGGCGCGUCCCAAGUCAAAAGGCCGAUUCACGGUAAUAUUACCGGGACGAGACACUCUUUAUAACCCAGUGACGGGAUAUUUGAUAUGUAACCUGUCUAUUGCGGACUUGUGUGUUGGCUUGUUGUGUAUACCCUUCACUUUGACCUACGCGGAGCUUAAGUACUGGCCUUUCGGUCGAGUCAUGUGUAAGACGAUUCUCCCAGCGCAAGCUAUGGCUGUGAUGGCAUCUGUUGCAACCCUAUCUGCUAUCAGCUUCGAUCGCUUCCGGUCUAUAGCGUACCCAUACGAAGCCCGCAUCAGCGUUUCUAAGGUCAAGUUCAUUAUUGCGUCAGUGUGGGUGAUGGCGGGGGUCAUGGGCUUACCCCUCGUGGCUGUCUUGGAUGUGCGUCUUUUUCCUGGUUUUGGCAAACCCAUUUGUGACGAGUAUGGGUGGCCAAGUCCUCUCUAUAGAAGGAUUUAUUCCACGGCGACGUUUAUAGUCACGUACGCCGUGCCGUUACCCCUCAUGGCCACGUGGUACGCCAUAGUAGUCUACAAACUGGAGCAAGCGGCACACAAAGGGGAUGAUUCAGAAGGGUUCAGGGUGGCACAAGCUAAGGGGAAGGUGGUGCGCAUGCUCAUAGUGGUUGUUGCCGCUUACUUUGUGUGCUUUUUACCCUAUCAUGUGUCAAUGAUGUGGUUAGAGUUUGGCGAUGUUAGUCAGUCCAGAUUCUUCUGGAUCCUGUUAUCCUACUCGCAUGUGCUUGUGUACGCCAAUAGCUGCAUCAACCCAAUCCUUUACUGCAUAUUCAGUGAGCAGUUCCGGCGCGGCUUUAUCAAGCUCUGUCGCUGUGGAUACCGCUCCGUUCAGACCUUCAGACGAUGGAGUGUUACAAGGAAUUCCAGAGUCGACGAGAACAACCACAAAGGUCUCACACCAUCACACUCGCUAGAGCCCAGGCCGGUCUGAGUGGAGUCCACCUCACGUCAUGUGACCAUAUGUUGGUGUCAAGGCGAAAGAUGCGAGCAGUCGGUAGUCCGGUCAGCGAGCUUACCCAAGACACCAUUUUAUCGCAGCAUCCUGUGGCGUCGUUUUGGAUUUAAGAAUCCGUGCUUCAUUCAAGAUGGCGCCCAAAUAUCAUAGGAAACUGUAACCACAAGAAGAGACGAAAAAAAAUAAUAUGAGACAAAACCCGUCCCUCGAAUCUUUAUGAACAAAUUAUUUAACAGGAUUUCUACGACCUUAAAGGCUCACACAAUUCCCUCCAAGUAUUUAUUUUACUGUUGAGUGUAUUUCAAUGGUAUUUGCCUUUCUUUUUGGAUACGCAGUGUAAGUUCUUUGUGGCUUUCGAAUUUUCUGAAAUAAUCGAAAAGCUGCUCUUCUUAAUAAGAAGAAAAAUGCACUUCUUCCAAAGGUUAACUGCAUUUUUUUAAGAUAGUGUCUUCUUAGUUUUGGGCAAGUAACAGUGCAGGUAGAUUACGAAUGAAUUGAUUGGACCUCUAUUUGCGUUUGAGUAGUAGUAAAAAACACAUUGAUAAUAUUAUUAAAUAUGCCCCGAAA